UUUAACGGAAUUGGUUAAUUAAAGCCUAAAUAAGAGAAUCAUCCCAUUUGAUACGUUAUUUUUCCUCACCAUUCCUCUCUAACCAACCCUUGCCGUCCCAGCAUCUGAAUCUUUCAUCAGAAUCUCACAAUCCACAAUUAUUCAAAAUAACCCACAAAUCAAAAUUAAUCUUUUUGAUCAAAUGGACAGAAAUUAUUGGCUUCUUGAUUUUCUCUGUCCAUCCUUGUUCCAUGGACGAAAACAGGGUAUGUUACAAAUCCUUAAAUCUUCGUAACAUAAAAUUUUCGUUACAUUGAAUGCGUAUGCUGAUAUAAUAUUUUCAGAUUCAUGCAUAAUUUGAUUUAUGUUUAGGAGCGAAACAAUCAAUCUAUUGAUAAAGAAAAUUUUUGGGUCGAAUGUUACGAUUCCUUUGUCACCGCGGGAUCUUAUAGUUCUUUGUUAGGUGGAUUCAAAGGUCAAUCUCCUCAAAAGGGCCUGUUUAUUUAGAUAUGAACUGUGAUGCCAACAUCUUCUUUUGGGCAAUUAUAUGUUCUUGUAUUAUAAAUAGAAUUCAUUCUGCUUCAAGUCUUGAAUCUUAUGUAUUGGCUUGUGGCGCUUCAAGUAAUGCCACUGAUGCCAAUGGCAGGAAAUGGAUUUCAGAUACUGAAUUCCUUAAUGCCCCCGAAAAAACAACCUCGGCCACUGCUCAAUCCCAAGAUCCUUCUUUGCCUUCCCCUGUUCCAUAUAUGCGUGCAAGAAUUUUCCAUUCCAAAUCCUCGUAUAAAUUCUCCAUUUCUCCCGUGAAACGACACUGGAUUAGGCUUCACUUUUAUCCCUCUUUCUACAACAGUUUGAACUGUUUUGAUUCAUUUUUCUCGGUGACUGUUGAUGGCUUCACUCUUCUUAACAAUUUUAGUGCAUCAAUCACGGCGCAAGCACUAACGCAGGCUUAUAUUUUAAGGGAAUUCACGUUGAUUCCAAUAAAAUCUGGUGCUCUCAGUCUCACAUUCAUUCCAUCAACCAAUUAUGAUAACUCUUUUGCUUUUGUCAAUGGUAUUGAGAUAAUUUCAAUGCCUGAAAUAUUCGGAGUCGUGCCUUACGUAGGAUUUUCAGAUAUGUCCAUGGAUGCUGAAUACUAUUCAAUGCAGACUAUGUAUAGGUUGAAUGUCGGUGGACAGUUCAUUCCAGGAACUAAUGACUCGGGGCUUCUACGAACUUGGUACGAUGAUUCCCCUUAUAUAUUUGGUGCAGCCGAGGGUGUCUCCCCAAAGGCUAGUAAGAAAGUAAGAAUUGAAUAUCCCUCUUCUGUUCCUAAAUACAUUGCUCCUGUUGAUGUUUAUACCACCGCAAGAAUGAUGGGGCCUAAUCAAACUCUUAACUUGAAUUUUAACCUCACUUGGGUAUUCCAAAUCGACAUGAAUUUCACGUAUCUCGUGAGGUUCCAUUUCUGUGAAUAUCAGUUGUCAAAGGCUAAUCAGAGGGUGUUUGACAUUUUCAUUAACAAUCAGACGGCGUAUUCGGGUGCUGAUGUCAUUGGGUGGACUGGAGGUAAAGGAGUGCCCGUGUACAAGGAUUUUGCAAUACAUGUUGAUGAUAAAAGUGGCGAUGAUCAACUGUGGGUAGCUUUGCAUCCUGAUGCAACAUCUCAACCUGAAUAUUAUAAUGCAAUUCUCAAUGGAUUAGAGAUUUUUAAGGUCAAUGACACAAAGGGGAAUUUAGCGGGCAUAAAUCCUGUUCCAUCACCAACACCUGAAUCCCCGGAGAAAAGACCGGCUUUUUCCUCAAAGUCGAAUAAUCAUGGCCAAACUGUUGGGAUAGUUUUGGGAACUGUGGCUGGCUUUGGUCUAGUCGUUGCAGGAAUUUCCUUUUUCAGGUAUGGGAGAAAAAAGGUCGUGGAAGGAAACGGUGGCAGGAGUAGUUGGUUGCCAUUAUAUGGAAGCUCUCGUUCUUCAGGCACAAAAACUAGUAAGAGUAGUGGGAGCAGCCGGUACACAAGUUCAGGUGGAGGUUUAUGUAGAUACUUUUCGUUACCUGAGAUAAAACUUGGAACCAACAAUUUCGACGAUUCUGGAGUUAUCGGGGUGGGAGGUUUUGGCAAGGUAUAUAAAGGCUACAUUGACGGGGGUACUGUAGUUGCCAUUAAGCGAGCAAAUCCAUCUUCCGAGCAAGGAGUUCAUGAGUUCCAAACCGAAAUCAAUUUGCUUUCAAAGCUAAGACAUCGUCAUUUGGUGUCUCUAAUUGGGGCUUGUGAAGAAGACAACGAGAUGAUAUUGGUCUAUGAUUACAUGGCUAACGGGACUUUAAGGGAGCACCUUUACAAGAAUAGUAAGUCCAAUUUGUCUUGGAAUCAAAGACUCGAUAUUUGCAUUGGUUCUGCAAGAGGGCUUCACUAUCUUCAUACGGGUGCAAAGCACACUAUCAUCCAUAGGGAUGUUAAAAGUACCAACAUUUUAUUGGACGAGAAUUGGGUUGCUAAGGUUUCUGAUUUCGGGCUCUCUAGAACUGGUCCAACCAUCAAUGAAACACACGUUAGUACAGUUGUUAAAGGAAGUUUCGGAUAUUUAGAUCCAGAGUACUUUCGUAGACAGAAGUUGACAGAAAAAUCUGAUGUAUAUUCUUUCGGAGUAGUACUUUUUGAAGUUUUAUGCAAUAGACCUGCACUUAAUCCUAAUCUUCCUAAAGAACAAGUUAGUUUAGCAGAAUGGGCAAUCCUAAACCAUCAGAGGGGCACACUUGAUGCCAUUAUUGAUCCACAUAUUAAGGGACAGAUAACGCCUGAUUGCUUUAAGAACUUUGCAGAAAUAGCAAUCAAAUGUUUGUCAGAUAAUGGUGUUCAUCGCCCUUCAAUGGGCUCAGUUUUGUGGAAUCUCGAGUAUUCA